UUACUUUUAACAAUUUUGUUAUGUUUUAUAAUUGUUGUUUGAUGUACAAAAGUGGUAAUGAUCUUGCACCUACACCCUUAAAGGCAUUUGUCUCUGCAUACUGAUAAUAUAAGACAAAUAAGAGCUUCAUCAAGAGGUGACUGUAAAGCAUAUUUUAGAGUUGCCGAUUUUGGUCAAUCAGCUUUUUCUGUAGGAGCUGUUAAUAACUGGAAUAUUUUACCAAUUCAUUUCAGACAGUGUACUACUUUUGCACAGUUUAAAUUACAUUAAAAAAAAUGGUUAAAAGAUGAUUCAGGUUUGUGAUUAUGGAAUAUAUAAUAUCUUUCUAUUCUAGUUUAUACUGUUAAGUGAUGGGUUAUAUGUCACAUAUUUUGUAUUUGUGGGGGUAUUUUAUUGUGUAUGUAUUGUAUUUGUGGGGGGAUUUAUUGUAGGCCUGUAUAUUUUUAUAUCAAUAAUUUGGUCUUAGUAUACUCCUACCCAGGGACAGCAGAUUAAAUUUAGCUCUGUAGCUAGUUCUGGGGCAGGUUUUUUUUUUUUUUUUUUUUUUUUUUUUCUGUCCAUUGUUCCUGUCAAAGAACAUUAUAAAAUAAUAAACACACAAAGUCCAUUCAGUGUGGUUUUUAUUACUCCACUAGUUUUAGUUAUCUUGUUCAGAUAACAGAUGACACUAUUAACAUUUUGUUUGUUGGACUGCAUGUGUAACGACUCGUCACUCGAAGUGGGAUCCAUAAGAAAGAUUUAUUAGUAAUCGUGGUCAAACAGGUACACAGUAAAAUCAGCAGUGUAAAAAUUGCAGUGUUAAAUGUUAUUAAUUCCCAAAGAGUUGAAUUAACAACCUACAGUGCUAAUGAGUUCUGCUUUUCAGUGUAGUUACAGGGUGUUAAAUUAUGUGAUUUUAUUUUUACACUUAAAGUGUUAAAAAAAAAAAGCGCCAAUUUGUCUUGACUCCGCCCCUAUAUGACUGUUGCCUUUUAAAAAGAUGAGUCGACAACGCCAUUUUCUUCAUGCGACUGAGACGGUAAGUGUGAUUGCGUUCUCUCUCUCUCUCUAAAAUUAAAAAGUAAAUAAAAUUGUGUCAGCAUUAUUAGUAAAAAAUAUAAAUGGAGUUGGACAAAUUUGAAAAUUACUAACUGCGCGUGUUUUUGUCAGGAAUGCUCCUUAAAGUUCAGAGUUUAAGUUUCUGACGUCGAUUCCAAACUUUCGGAUUUCCUGGAUGAAGCCUUCGUGAAGUUCGGCAUUCCCGCCUCCAGUCAGGCCGAGGCGAAGCUUUUCGAUGAGUCUGGAACUGAAGUGGACGAGGAUGUCUUUGGGGAAGUUCUGAAGCAGCCAGAUUUGGGCGUUUUUCUGCUCAGAUUGGAGAAUUUGUCAAAUGGUAAUUUUAUAUUUACUUUGAAAGCGAAAGUCUGUAAAAAAGUAGAACUGAAACGCGUUUUUUUUGUGACUCAUAACGUCACUCAUUUAAAAAGUUAUAGGCCCCGGGUAUAGGCCUACUUCAUUUUCUGUCGUGAAACGUUAAUGCUGUAAACGACAUGAAUUUUGUUUGUGUAAGUUUCGUUUCGUUUUUAUACUGAAAAUCAUAUCUGUUGUGUGUCUCGUGUCGUCAUAUAUGCGUCAGACACAGCCGCGCUGCUAUCAAGUUUUCUUACAUGAGAAUUACGUUCAUGCGAACAUUGUAAAAGUGUUUUAAAUCUUAAACUGUAAUUCCCAAAAGUUUUCCAAUUCCAGCCGUUAUUUUAGUGCGCACUGGCAUUCGAGGUGAAAUCGUUCUUUGCUAUCAUACAACAUGUUAUUAAAUGUAGAAAUACAGGGUGCGUCUCAAUCAGCUCCCUAGCUCCCGACCCGAGCUCGUGUACACGAAUUCGGGCACUGGUAAGGACAGUAACGGACACUGGCUCACUACACAUUGGGACACUUAUGACUGUAUUUCGUGACAAUACGUGACAAAAAAAUCAGAUUAAAUAAAUGCUAAAUAAAUGAGCGUUUCAGUCCUCCACAUGAAUGUUGUCAAGGUCAUUAACUCUAACAGUAAUUUAAAAUCCUUAAAAAGUUUAUAUUAAUUAUCCUACAAGUUGACAUCAGUGCUAUAUUAUUUUAUUUAGUUUAUUUAGUUUUCAGCUUAUUCAAAAUUGAGCAUAAUCAAAAUUGUUUUACCAUAUUGAAAGUCCAAAUUUAAGUUGUAGUGCUUUAAUUUAUAUUUCGUUAUUGAAUAAUGUCUCAACUUAAAUUUUUGAAACCUUUUUUUCAAUAGAAUUAGCAAAUACCCCUGCAGUGUCCAGUGAAGGAAGCUCCUCUGAGACCGCAAACUAUGAAUCUGAUGACAGUUAUUCUGAGUGGCGGAACCCCUUCAAGAAAGCAGCAGAGAGCCGAAGAUGAAGCUAGAAUUCUGGUCCAAACAAUUCUGCAGGCUAAACCUGGUAGGGAUGCAAUCAUCAGAGAGUACCAAAAAACCAGAAGCUUGACUGACAGCACCAGGAGGAAGAUGAUCAAGAUUCUUACUGCAGAUAAGACUGAAAAUCAUAGCACAUCUCCACCUAAACAUAUUAGAGAAAUGUAUGCCCAAGGAAUUGUUUCCGUGUUUCCAAAUCUUCGUGAUGAACAUUAUUAUGAUCCUCAAAGUGGACAAGGGUACUUCACUUGGAAAAUAAAGAAUAUUCAGAGGAACAGUGCACCAUCAGACAACCGUAGAUAUUCCCCCCAGUCUUUCAGUGGUGGCCCAACUGCAGAAAGAGAGGCUUCAUCCAGCACUGAAGUUAUCCUGACAGAAGAGCAGUGUAGAGAAGCUGUUUCUCUAAUGAAACAUACAUCAGAGGUAGAAACCGUGAAGGUCAAAAUGAGGGAGACGUUUCAGUAUCGUCGCAAGAUGAUUCAAGACCCAAGGAGAUCCAAUGAUGUGCUGACUGAAUUUCCCCGUUUCUUGGACAUUAAAGGCCUGGUAUGAUUGGUUAGGGUUAAAUAAAUGUUAUGGGCUUCAUUUAAGUUAAGCUUAAUUGACAACAUUUUUUCUCGACUUCUGUUAAACCUAGAAUAUUCCACAAACCAAUGUUCUCUCAGUGAAAUGGGUGAAGUAUAAUGGAACUGAAUAUCGUUCUACAGUACCUUAAUUAUUUGUGGUGAAGUAAACCUUGAUUUGCCAGUGUUUUAUAAAAUCAAAGACAUUGUUAGAAACUAAUGCGUGUUACUGGUGGCAUCAUGCCUAAAAACUGUUUAUUUUGACAAACAUCUGUAUUCCUACAGAAUUGAUCCAAGACCCAGUGAUUCUCUGAAAGUCUUCAAUGUCAAUGAACUAAUUUAUUACAAACCUAUUGAUUUACAGAUGUCAUAUGGGUCUGCUAAUUUCUUUUGGUAUGUUGUACCUUACUGCAAUCUUGUUCAAAUCGGUUCUUAAAUCUUCAUGACAAAAUUUGAUGAAUUUGUGUGUUUUAAGUUUUAAAUUUAUGUGCAACACCUCAUUAAUGUGAUUAAGUAACAUUCUGCCAUGUUUUAAAGCCGCUUUUCAUCAUG